UCCUUCAUCCUGCUUCAUCAUCCUUCAUCCUCUUUCAUCAUCCUUCAUCCGGCUGCAGAAUGACCCGCUUAGAUCCGCCUCUGAACCGGGCGAGCCCCCGUGGCUGGACCGAGGUGUCUCAGAAGUGCAGUUUUUCUCACGGCAUCAUGAAGGAACAGAGGGAACAGGACAGUGGAUAUUUCUCUUUGGGGAGGGCUGCGGUCAGCAGAACUUUCCCUGAUCAAAGCCCUUCUGCUCCCUAUCGGCAUUUAGAGAGAGGGCAUCCCCUGCCUAGCAACAAAAGUCCCGAACCCAAAGCCACCAUUCCAUUUCGAAACCCGGAUCUGGGCGUCCCUUCAGAAAGGAGAUCCUCUGAGUUUCAGAAUGCAGAGCAGCUUGCAAAAAACAAUCCUCCGCAGUAUCCUCCAGAAGCGCUGGAUCUAAGCCUGGAGGACAAGGCCCUUGCAGGUCCCCGGGGCCUGAGUUACACACCUAUCAACCAAGAUGAAUCUUUCUGGGCCUCCAGUCGAAGAGGUGGACGAUAUGCCCACACUUCUCCCUUGUGGCAAUCGGGAACGCUCAACUCUUCCCAAAGAGGUUGUGGCCUCUCCCGUUCCUCCUCUCCCUCUCGUAGUACCUCUGUGUUCAGACAGGCCGAGUCCAGCUCCUCUCUCAACACGCGUCAGUAG